AAGUAGCCGACGCAUGCGCAGUGCGUCCAGUCGUCUGGGGUGGGAAGGGCUGGGGGUAGCCCGCGGCUCGGAGACGGUCAUGGGCGCCCGCUGAAGGCCCGCCGAGAGCAGGAGGGGCGAGGCCGGUCCCGCACGCUCCCGGGCCCGCGGCUGCGGGCUGGCCGGCCCGACGGGAGGAUGAGCUGGUUCAACGCGUCGCAGCUCUCCAGCUUCGCCAAGCAGGCCCUGUCCCAGGCGCAGAAGUCCAUCGACAGGGUCCUGGACAUCCAGGAGGAGGAGCCGGGCGCCUGGGCCCAGACCAUCCCCUACGGGGAUCCGGGAAUAAGUCCCCCUGUCAGUGGAGGAUGGGAUACUUCAACCUGGGGAAUAAAAUCAAACGCAGAGCCGCAGAGUCAACCAGCAGCCUCUCCCAAAGCAAUUACAAAGCCAGUUCGGAGAACAGUGGUAGAUGAAUCUGAAAAUUUCUUCAGUGCCUUUCUCUCGCCAGCGGAUGUCCAGACCAUUCAGAAGAGUCCAGUGGUAUCCAAACCGCCGGCUAAGUCACAGAGACCAGAAGAAGAAGUGAAAAGCACCUUACAGGAGACCGUGCACACUGGAGGGUCAAGAACACCUGAAACAACUGAGCCAAAAGGGACUGACUCUUUUCCCUGUGUAUCCCCUGGGGAAAAUCGGGCAGUCGCCACUCUGUCACCUAAAACUGAAGGCGAGCAUGGAGAAACCGUUAAUAAAGAUUCUGAUAUGAAGGUGUCCACCACAAGUUUGAAAGUAUCUGAGAGUGUAAUUAAUGUUAAAACAACUAGGGAAAGUGUAUCUAACAUGUCUACGCAGUCUCCCACAGCAGAAACAAAGGACAUAGCUUCAGAAGCAAAGGAACAGAAACACGAAGACAGACAGAGCAAUACACCUUCUCCUCCCGUUAGUACCUUCUCCUCAGGUACUUCUACUACCAGUGAUAUUGAAGUUCUAGAUCAUGAAAGUGUAAUAAGCGAGAGCUCAGCAAGUUCGAGACAAGAGACUACAGAUGCAAAAUCAAGUCUUCACUUGAUGCAGACAUCUUUUCAGCUUCUCUCAGCAUCUGCUUGUCCUGAGUAUAAUCGUUUAGACGACUUCCCCAAACUCACUGAGAGUUGCUGCUCAUCUGAUGCUUUUGAAAGAAUAGACUCGUUUAGUGUACAGUCAUUAGAUAGCCGAAGUGUAAGUGAAAUCAAUUCAGACGACGAAUUGUCAGGCAAGGGUUAUGCUUUAGGACCUAUUACAGUUAAUCCUUCAACCCCAAAGACUAACGUAGUUGAACCUGUUGAAGGAAAAUCUGAGGAAGAAGUAAGUGAAACAGCUGUACCCACUGAGGAAACAGAAAUGGAAGAAAGUGGACGGAGUGCAACUCCUGUGAACUGUGAGCAGCCUGAUAGCUUGGUUUCUUCUCCACCAAUAAAUGAAGGACACACUGUCUUAGACAAGGUGGCUGAGCACUGCGAAGCUGCAGGAAGUCAGCCAGAAGCACUUUCUGGGGAGGAGGACAUUUGCAAGAAAGUUGCAUUUCUGAACGAGAAACUGGACAAAAGGGAGGCUCAGUUAUUAUCUCUUAGUAAAGAAAAAGCACUUCUAGAAGAAGCUUAUGAUAAUCUGAAAGAUGAAAUGUUCAGAGUGAAAGAAGAAAGCAGCAGCAUUUCUUCCUUGAAAGAUGAGUUUGCUCAAAGAAUUGCAGAAGCAGAAAAGAAAGUUCAGCUAGCCUGCAAAGAGAGGGAUGCUGCUAAAAAGGAAAUCAAAACUAUGAAAGAAGAACUUGCGACUAGAUUAAAUUGUAGUGAAACUUCAGACCUUUUGAAAGAGAAAGAUGAGCAGAUCCGAGGAUUAUUGGAAGAAGGAGAAAAACUUUCAAAACAGCAGUUGCAGAGUUCUAACAUCAUUAAGAAAUUAAGAGCUAAAGACAAAGAAAAUGAAAAUAUUAUUGCAAAGCUGAAGAAAAAAGUUAAAGAGCUAGAAGAAGAGUUGCAACAUUUGAAACAGGUCCUUGAUGGUAAAGAAGAAGUUGAGAAACAACAUAGAGAAAAUAUUAAAAAACUAAAUUCUGUGGUUGAACGUCAAGAGAAAGAUCUUGGCCAACUUCAAGUAGCUAUGAAUGAACUUGAAGAAAAGAACCGAAGUAUUCAGGCUGCUCUUGACAGUGCAUACAAAGAACUUACUGAUCUCCACAAAGCCAAUGCUGCAAAGGCUAGUGAGGCACAGGAAGCUGCUCUGAGUCACGAAAUGAAAGCUAAGGAAGAACUUUCUGCAGCUCUAGAGAAGGUCCAAGAAGAAGCCCGUCAGCAGCAAGAAGCAUUGGCCAUUCAGGUGGGGGACCUGAGGCUGGCCCUGCAGCGUGCAGAACAAACAGCUGCCAGAAAAGAGGAUUAUUUGCGCCAUGAGAUCAGUGAACUCCAGCAGAGACUCCAGGAAGCAGAAAAUCGAAACCAGGAACUGAGUCAAAGUGUUUCGUCAACGACAAGACCAUUGCUUCGACAGAUAGAAAAUUUGCAGGCAACACUAGGGUCCCAGACAUCGUCGUGGGAGAAGUUAGAGAAGAAUCUCUCUGACAGGCUGGGUGAAUCUCAGACCUUGUUGGCAGCAGCCGUUGAAAGAGAACGUGCGGCUACGGAAGAACUCCUUGCCAACAAAAUUCAGCUGUCUUCCAUGGAGUCACAGAAUUCUCUCUUAAGACAGGAAAACAGUAGAUUUCAGGCCCAGCUAGAAUCAGAGAAAAAUAGGCUAAUAAAACUGGAAGAUGAAAAAAAUAGGUACCAGGUUGAAUUAGAAAACCUAAAAGAUGAUUAUGUGAGAACACUGGAAGAGACAAGGAAAGAAAAGACACUGUUGAACAGUCAGUUAGAAAUGGAGAAAAUGAAAGUUGAACAAGAACGGAAGAAAGCCAUUUUUACUCAAGAAGCAAUAAAAGAAAAGGAACGGAAACCAUUUUCUGUUUCUAGCACGCCCACAAUGUCACGAUCAAGUUCAAUAAGUGGAGUUGAGAUGGCAGGGCUGCAAACAUCUUUCCUAUCUCAGGAUGAGCCUCAUGAUCUCUCACUUGGACCAAUGUCUGUAUCAGCAAGUGGAAGCAAUCUUUAUGAGGCUGUAAGGAUGGGGGCAGGAUCCAGCAUUAUCGAAAAUCUACAGUCCCAGCUACAACUAAGGGAAGGAGAAAUUACUCAUUUACAGGUAGAAAUUGGCAGUCUAGAAAAAACACGCUCCAUAAUGGCUGAAGAGCUAGUUAAAUUAACAAAUCAAAAUGAUGAACUUGAAGAGAAAGUGAAGGAGAUACCCAAACUUCGAACUCAGCUAAGAGAUUUGGAUCAGAGAUACAACACUAUUUUGCAGAUGUAUGGAGAAAAAGCAGAAGAGGCGGAAGAACUUCGAUUAGAUCUUGAAGAUGUAAAAAAUAUGUAUAAGACUCAAAUAGACGAACUUUUAAGACAGAGGCUCAGUUAACUUCUGAAAAUUACAUUCCCAUCAAACUGAAUGUAAUCAUUUAAUAACUAAAUGCAGACUUUCAAUAAAUUCUCUUGUAGAAUUAGAAAGUGGAAUUUAUUAUAGAGAUAAAACAUUGGAAAAAGUUUUAUAGUAUAUAGUAAUAUUUGCAGUUAAAUUAUUUUGUGCAAUAUUUGAACUUUAUUUUUGAAACUAUCUUUAAAGAUUUAUUUUUUAAAGCAUCUUUUUUUUUUUUUUCCAUGAAUAGCACCGAGAUUUAUUACUUUAUCCUUAUGUCAGUAUGGUUGGGGAAGAAGAAUGGUGUUCAUACAUUGUAUUAUAGGUAAAAACUAAUUAUAUCUAUAAUUUAUAUGUUUGUAUAUAUUGAGAACAUUUAAUGAGUGAUGUUGACAUAUUGAAACUUUGAAAUCUUUCACACUUAAAUCUUCAACAUUUCUAUUUACUGCUCAUGAAAAUGGACAUUAAGUGUCCAAUUUUAAAAAAACAUUAAACUUCCUGUUACUAAAUUUUGAACUUAAUAUUUUUCCUUUAAAUUAGAAGUCACACUGACACAGGAGAUUAAAGGAUGAAUAAUUUAAGUUAAAAACAUUUUUGUGGCCCUGGCCGGUUUGUGUCUCGGCGGAUAGAACCUGUAAAGGGUCCUGGGUUCGAUUUCCAGUCAAGGUCACAUACAUUGAUUGCAGGUUCCUCCUGGCCCAGGCCCUGGGUUGGGGCUCCUGCAGGAGGCAACCAAUUGAUGUGUUUCUCUCACAUCAAUGUUUCUCUCUGUCUUUCCCUCUCUCUUCCACUCUCCCUAAAAAUCAAUAAAAAAUAUCCUCGAGUGAAGAUUAACAACAACAACAAAAAAAACUAAAACAUUUUUGUGCUCAAGAUUUAUUUUACCCAGAUUCCACAAUUAAGUCUGUACAAAUUGUGUUACUGUCUGGAGCAAGCUAAGCUGUGCCGUUAUCUAGGCAUGGUUGGAUAAUGGGGAAAAUGUGCUCAGAAUGAUUUGUGAUGGAAUCAGUAACAUGUAAGCGAUUUUGAAGAGGUUUUGUUUGUAUUACCCUAUGAAAUGAAUCAACAUAAUAAAAUUGUUAAUAUCAUUUUCUCUUGAAAAUACUUUCACAUUUUGUAAAACCUUAUUUUUAGCACAUUAAAAGUGAAUGUUAUAGAACAUUCAUAACAAAAUGUAGGAAUCAAUUUAAAUUUGGCAUUUGCAAUUCUGUGUAAUUUAAUUUUUUUUCUUGAACUUUUAAACACAAAAAUAGGGCAAAAUAGCUUUUAAAAAUAGCUAUGCCUUCUUCCAAAUGUUAUUUUAUUCAGAAGUUAACCAGUCUGUGUUGUAUACUUAUGAAAUAUUUAAUACCUUUUAUUACUGAAAGUCAUGUAGCUGCCUUUACUUACAAAAUAAAAACUCUCAAUUGUGAGUUAAAUUUUAAACACUAGAACUUUGGAGCAUAACUAUAAGUAAGCCGUGUUAAGGAAUGGAAUGCUUUUCAGGGCAAUUCAAGUGACAUUCUUUUUCUUUUCUUUUUGUAUUCCAGACCGUAUUCCUGGCACUGGAUUUCUGAUGUUUAUUUAGCAUUAGUAAAUAUUCUUUCAAAGUGAGCCAAAUUCAUAAAAUUAACUUUCUAUAUUUUAGUGGUAAGAUCAGUGUAAUUGCUUUUUGUCACCUUGAUUUUUUUUUUUUUUUUUUAAUUCAGGGACUGACAGGGAAUGGCAAGACUGAUAGCAAUAAGAAAUAUUCAGAAUUAGAAGAUACAGGAAACUUAAGUUGCAAAAUUCUGACAAAUGUUUGAAAUUAGAAGUUUAGGAAUUAUGAAAUUGUUUUUAAAAUAUUCAUUAGUGAGAGGAAAAAACACUUUAGUUGUGGGGAAAAAUUGAAAUAAAACGAUAUGAUCUAUUUUCAUAUUAAACAUUCUCUUCUCUUAAUCCUUCUUAACAUUAAUAAAUCCAGUUCAACUUGAAACUUUAAAGAGUUUUCAAUUUAUUUAAUUAAAAAAUUCAAAGCAGCUAAUUUCAUCUCUGGCUGUAUAUUACCAUAUGUUGUUCUUUAUCUGCAAGUGAAUAGUUGAUAUUCAUACUAAUCCUAUUUUAUUGUAAACUUUUAGAUAUCUCAAUACAUUUUUAAGUUGAAAAGUAUACUAAAUCAAUUUCUUGAAAGACUCCACUAAAUAAAAGAAUAUGUAUUGAAUAUUGGUUGCCAUAUUUUACUUUGUCAUUAAGGUUUGUCUAUCUAUAUUCUAAAAAAAUAAUAUUUUAAUGGAUAAGAAUAUAGUUUGCAAUUAGAUGUUUCUAUUCUUGGAAGAAAACAGAAAGAUACUAUAAAUCUUAAUUUCAAGAAUAUGAAAGAAGAGUAAAAGAGGUAUGAACAUUGUUUUUUAUGUAUAAACAUCUAAGCACAGAUGCUAGGCAUCCUUCCAACUCUGGGGAAACUAAAUUGAGAAUACCAUUCCUUUUCCCUCUUUGCUUCUGUUUUGCGAACUUCCAGUGUUAACAGUAUUUAGCACAGGGAGGAAUGUAUCUAUAUUGCGAUUUAAGAUAUUCUAAGUAUGGAUAAUUCCUGACUUAAGGAAACAUUAGUUUUUGUAGUUAAAUGAAAAGAAUGUUCAGCCUAGUCGGUGUGGUUUAGUGGUUGAGCAGUCGACCUAUAUGAUCCAGGAGGUCAUGAUUCAAUUCCCGAUUAGGGCAUAUGCCCGGGUUGCGGGCUUGAUUGCCAGUGUGGGGCUUGCAGCAGGCAGCUGAUCAAUGAUGCUCAUCAUUGAUGUUUCCAUCUCUCUCUUCCUCUCUGAAAUCAAUUAAA